AUGCAGGGCUCUGAGGCUUCGAGCGCAGUGCUCGCAGGCCUACCUUCGACUUUGAGAACGGUGAUAGGCAACCCGACGACGUCACCGAUCGGCCUCUCAACACCAACAUCUUUACAGAUCGAACCAUUACUAUCACAGCAACAAAUACACGAAAACCUGCAAAAUGUCCUCUCCUCUUUGUCGAUGGAAUUCCGUCCUGAGCCCAUGCUCGCCGCCAGUGGCAACUCGACCGGCUCGACCGGCAAAGGCAUCCUGAUUGGGAUCUUGUCCGCCUUUGGCUCUGCCGCCGUCGCAUUUGUGGUGUUAGCGAUUUUCUUUUUCUUCAAAUAUACCCGCCGGGGGCGAAUUAUGCUGGAUCGCAUCGGCCGGCCCGGUGAAUUCGACGAUGAACAGGCCUUUGCGCGGGAAGAAGAGGCGGCCCUAGAGUCAAUGGAUGACUUAGCGCGGUCGGAGUAUUUACGAGCAAAAGCUUUUGUCCAAGGAAACCCGCCCGAAUCUGUACAAACCGAUAUAUCACUCUCACAAUUCCUCGCGAUUCAAGAAAAAGGUGUAUCUGCGUGGGAGUUCCAACCAGAAUUGGAAAUUGCCAAUUGUUUUGUGGAAGGACGCACGGAGAUUGAAUUCUUUGACUCGGAGUGCAGUGUACAGACCAAUCUGCCCAUUCCUAAGCAGAACGAGGUUUACUACUGGGAAGCGAAAAUAUAUGACAAGCCCGAAACGACCAUGAUCGGCAUCGGAGUAACUACGAAACCAUAUCCUCUGUUCCGAAUGCCUGGCUUCCACAAAUCCUCUGUUGCCUACCAAUCAACCGGACAUCGCAGACUAAACCAACCAUUCAAUCCCACUCCCUACGGACCUCCUUUACUACAAGGCGAUGUGAUCGGUGUUGGGUACCGGCCCCGAUCCGGAACAAUUUUCUUUACUCGCAACGGCAAGAAACUCGAGGAUGUGGCUCACAAUUAUCGCUCGCAAAACCUCUUCCCUACUAUAGGUGCCAACGGACCCUGCACCAUUCAUGUAAACUUUGGCCAGAUGGGAUUUGUCUUCAUCGAAGGCAACGUCAAGAAAUGGGGCUUGGCCCCUAUGACUGGCAGUCUCGCUCCGCCCCCACCUUAUGGUAGCGAGCAAGGCAGCAUCUUACUAGAGUCAGGCCGUGAGAGCGCGGCUCAAAUCUCUCAACGGGUUUACCAAAAUGCAAAUUACGCGGCCUCAGGCUCAAGUGUUAGGAUCCCUCCAGCGCCCAGCCCGGGCCCUGCUCGAUCGCCAACUGACAUUUCCCUUGCUCAGCUAACCCACAUCCCUUCUCUGGAAGAUGCUGGUGAGGGAUCCAGCCGGUUUGCUCUGGGAGAUGAAGAGGCUAAUAUUGGAAUUGAUGACGAAGAACAUGAGGCCCCACCGCCUGAGUAUUCCAGUCCCAAUGGCAGUCGGAGAGGAAGUGAUGCUUCUCUUGAAUUCCCGCCUAGAACUGGGGCUACCGAAGAGCCCGGAUCUCCAUCCAAUGACUCUAUGGAGUCUGGUGGUCGAUAUCUACCUAGUUACCAAACUGUGGUGGAAAGAGAUUUGAACGACCACAACUCAAGAGGCCAAUGA